AUGAGAAUAGGAUAUAAUGAGGUAGUGAUAACAUCAACGUAUUUUAAUGACUUUAUUAAUUUAGAAAUAAGAAUUAAAAGAUUUCAAGGAAAUAUGGAACAAUUUCAUUUUAAUCCAUUUCCUUUAAAUGCAUAUUCAAGAAGAUUAUUUCCUAACAUUGAAACAUUUCAUAUUUAUAAUAAGUAUGGUGAAAUAUUUAAUGAUGGAAGAAUAUUUAAAGAAAUAAAUAUAAAUAAAGAUAGAGAUAAAUAUGGAAAUACAAUACCACCAGAAGUUAAAUCACUUGAAUCUGAAUGUUUUUAUAACUGUGUUCACUGA